AUGUUGUUCUCUUACUUGUCGCACCGUCGUGCUUGUCGCGAUAAGCAACAAGAGCGAGCAGAACGAAUCGCAUCCCUCAAACCCAUCUACCAUGAGCCUCUAACAUCCCAAGACAAAGAGAUUCUGUCUCGCUCAGUUUCGUCUCUGGUGGCUUCUGUGCAAACCUCAUCCCUAAAAGCCCUUCAAGCGCAUGCUCAGACAAACUGUCUAACUGAGGUCAUGAUUGCAUCUGCAGAGAAUUGGGCUAAAACUGCGAACCGAUCAGGUCCGCUGGCAGGUGUCCCAGUCUCGCUCAAGGACCUGGUAAGCGUGAAGGGUUGGGAUUCCUCCAUGGGCUACUCGGCUCUUGUUGGCAAACCCAUGGCCGCCGACGGCGCGUUGGUGAGGUUGCUGCGGGAUGCAGGUGCCGUUCCAUACGUCAAGACGAACUCGACAAACGAUGUUUUUGGUUCUACCGAUAAUCCCCACAAGAAGGGCUACACCUCAGGAGGCUCAUCAGCAGGUGAAGCCGUACUCCUUGCGCUCGGUGCAGCCAGACUCGCGAUAGGCACAGAUGUUGCGGGGAGCGUUCGGGCUCCUGCGCACUUCUCUGGUGUCUAUUCAAUCAAAUCAAGUAUGUAUAGAUUCUUGAAGCAAGGCAGCGCGUCCAGUAUGCCUGGCCAGGAAGGCGUUCCCGCAACACAUAGCCCUAUGACCAGAACGUUGGAAGAUCUAGAGACUUUCUGGCGUGCUGUGUUCCAGAUGAAGCCUUGGAACUAUGACUACUCAGUUCUUAGAAUUCCUUGGAGAGAUGUCAAGCUUCCAGAAGAUCAUCCCAUCAGGUGGGGUGUCCUGUGGGAUGACGGGGUUGUGAAACCCUCACCUGCCUGCGCGCGAGCAUUGAAAACAGUUACUGCGAUACUCGAGAAGAACGGCCAUGAAGUUGUCACUCUGAAGUGCCCGAGCCCAUACGAAGGCCUUCAGAUCGCGUCACAGCUCCUCCUCGCUGAUGGCGGCAAGACGGCUUCCAAAAACCAUCGCGUAUUCGAGUCCAAUGAUGCUGGAAUGACUUCAGCGUUCCGGGGCUUUCGUCUCCCCUACUUCGUCAUGAAACUGUAUGCUUGGUAUUACCGCUACAUACGCCGCGAUCCUAUCUAUGCAGGUCUGAUCGACACCCAUUAUGAGAAGACCAUGCCAGAAUUCUAUGCUUUAAUUGCGCGAAGGGAGGGACUAUCGUUCUCGCUGGUCGAAGGCCGCCAGGGCGAUGAGGGAGUUGACUUCAUUCUUACAGUGCCAAACAGUCUUCCUGCUGUUCCUCACGGAGGGAUGAGGCACGGAUGGAAAGCGUGUGGGUACACGUUCCUAUUCAACCUGCUUGAUUAUAGCGCGGGGGUUAUGCCAAUCACGCAUGUGGAUGCGACAGCUGAUGCUCUCCCGCGUACUUUCCGUCCACGAAACGCCAUCGAACGAAACUACUACCGGAUGUAUGAUGCAAGUGCCAUGGAAGGUCUCCCCGUUGGCGUGCAGAUUGUAGGAAGACGGCUUGAAGAGGAGCGCGUCCUGGAGGGCAUGAAACUGAUCGAACGUCUAAUGAGGGAGGCAGGAACUGGUUAUGUCGGUUUGCCGUUGUAG